AUGGCCCCUCCCGCAGCAGAUGUUGACCUGACCUCACCGCCGGCGGUCGACAGCAUUCCAGUGACCAAGUCGGUGGCCAACAACACUACCAAAGACAGCACUACCAAGGAGCCGUUGAAAUACUCUGGGUCGCUGGACGAGUACAAGUCCUUUGACGUCACCAACGUCAUUGGCCGCGAGUUCCCCGAGCUGCAGCUGAGCAGUAUCUUGAACGAUGACACUAAGGUCCGAGACCUGGCUAUUCUUGUGUCGCAACGUGGAGUGGUCUUCUUCCGCAACCAGGAUCUCAACAUCGAUGACCAGAAGGUCCUGGGACAGAAGCUGGGCGAGUUGACAGGCAAGCCGGAGACUUCCAAGUUGCACCGACACGCCUUAAGCAACAGCAAGCGAGGCAUUGCAGUGGACGAGAACGGGAAGUUGGACGACGAGGUGUCCGUCAUCUCAUCCGAGCAAAACCGAAAAUUUUACAAGGAGCGAUUCAGCCCUGCCACCAAGAGACUGGCCAGCGAAGGAUGGCACGCCGACAUCACGUUCGAACGGAUCCCAUCCGACUAUGCCAUUCUCAAGAUCGUCAGCCCGGCCACUGACGCAGGCGGCGACACUCUCUGGGCAUCCGGGUACGAGUUAUAUGACCGACUGUCGCCAGCAUUCCAGAAGUUGGCCGAAGGUCUCACGGCGACGCACUUCCAGCCCAACUUUGUCAAAGUGUCCAAGCAGUUCGGGGCCGAAUUGAUUGAAGGGGACCGUGGCGCGCCCGAGAACUCGGGGCUGGACUUCACAGCGUCACACCCGGUGGUGCGCACCAACCCGGUGACUGGGUGGAAGAGCCUGUUUGGGGCGGGCCAUCAGAUCUUCCACGGCGGGUUCGACGGCGUGACUGAACGCGAGAGCGACAUCCUCAAAGCCUACUUCAACCAGCUGAUCAGCGACAACCAUGACCUACAGGUCCGCUUCCGCUGGAAUAAGAACGACCUGGCCAUCUGGGACAACCGUUCCGUCUUCCACACGGCCACCAACGAUUACUCGGGCAAGCGCCAGGGUAACCGUGUCGUCUCGCUGGGUGAGAAGCCAUACUUUGACCCCAAGUCGGUGUCGAGACGCGAGGCUCUUGCGGCUCAGGCUUAA